AUGAUUCUGAAUGUCCUCACGCUGGGUGUGCUCCUCGGCUGCCUUGGCUAUGGCACCCACGGCUGGGACCCGGUGUGCGGCGAGCAGGCUGGCCGCAUGGAGUGCCCCGACAACAAGUGCUGCAGCAAGGAUGGGCAGUGUGGCCUAGGCCCCGACUUCUGCGGCGAGGGUUGCCAAAGCGGCGCCUGCUGCGUGAGCUUGCGGUGUGGCUCGCAGAACGACGGCAAGACGUGCCCCAACAACCAGUGUUGUGGCCAAGACGGGGUCUGCGGGUUCGGCAACGAGUACUGCGGCGCUGGCUGCCAGAGCGGCGCGUGCUCGCAGGGCAUGCAAUGCGGCAGCCACAGGCCAUGCCCCGGGAACUUCUGCUGCAGCCACGCAGGUUGGUGCGGUCUUGGCCCUCCCUUCUGCGGGACUGGGUGCCAGAGCGGAGCCUGUUGCAGCUCGGACCUUAAGCGGUGCGGCAACAGAGGCUGUGGUCGUGUGUGCGACGACAAUCUGUGCUGCGGCAGGGAUGGCUACUGCGGUAACGGCAAGGCCUACUGCGGCGGCGGCUGCCAGGGCGGUCCAUGCUCCUGCGACGCUGCCGGCGGCGGUUUCAGCCACACUGUACAACGGGGACUAGGUGAGUCAUGA